AUGUUACCAGUUAUGUUUAAUAUGGAAGCGAAUUCCAAUUCCACGCAAAAUACGAAUUUUAGUACGGUUUUCGAUGAAAACGUUAUUUUGAAUUGUGUUAGAAAUAGAAAGAAAGUUAGUGAACUUCCAAACUGUCCAGUUUGUAGUUGUACGAUAAGACAGGGUGAAUUGGAAACUCAUUUGUCGUUAGAGGUGGAAAGAUUAAAUAAGUUAUCUAGUGGUAGUAAAAGAAAAAUAAGUAUUAACAGUCCAGGCAGUUCCAAUCCUAUGCCAAGUUCUAGUUCUACGGUGGACCCGGAGGAGGUUGAUGUUAGUGGUUGCCUCGGCAGUGAUGUAUACCAGAGGGUACACACAAACCGUCUCAAACGUCUUCGCUCUCGCCGAAGAAGUCCCCCUCCCCAACAGGGUGAGUGUCCAGUGUGCAAUGCAACCUUACCGGUAACUAGGCUACAGAGACAUGCUUUGAGAUGUCUGAAGAGGACUGGGGCGGAGGUGGAUGAGGAUGUGCCGGACAGCAGUUCUGAGGGCAGCAUUGAUGUGGAGAACGACGAGCCGUCAUCGUUCGGCGCGGAGUACCAGUGGUGCGGGCAGUGGCGCGUGCGCGCGACCGCGCUGCGCGACGCCGCCGUGCCGGGCGUGUGCGUGCGCCGCGCCUCCACUGACCACGCUUUGGUGGUAGACGGUGAUGAGGACGCAGAGCUGUACGGCCCCCCGCAGUACUCACCCUCGAGGAUAGCUCCUGAUGCAGACAUAGCGGUGGAAGAAGACGAGAUGGACGUUCAAGAGAGCAAAGUCUCCGAGGAGCGCGAGGAUGUGAAACCUAAUGGCAUUGUGGAAGCGAGUGCUGAAACCCGGAUACAAGCGUUAAAGGCGAAAAUUAAAGAUUUGGAAAGAAAGCAAAACUCAUCUUUAGAGGCAAAAUGUCUAAUCUGCUUGGGCCCGUACAUGUCUCCAGCGGUGUCCAUACAGUGCUGGCAUGUGUAUUGUGAGGUUUGCUGGCUGCAAUCUCUUCGAGCUAAGAAAAUUUGUCCACAGUGCAACGCUAUCACAACUACAGACCAUUUGAGAAGAAUAUACAUG